AUAUCUACCUAUAUGAGGUCCUUUUCUCUGGAAACCAAAGGAUACAGUAAGUGCUGAGAAAGACCCGAUAUGAUGUAACACCCAGUGCUAAUCGAGCACCGAAUAGUCGAUCGGGACCUUGACCGCUUCUUCGCGCCAUCAUGGUGUUACGGAGGCUCGUGCACGCGUUAAUCAACAACGCUCAGCUAGUGGAGAGGCUAGCCGAGUCGCGGCCCAUCCGGCGUGCGGCGCAACUCACCGCCUUCGCCAUCACGCGCGCGCAGAUCGCCGGCAAGGACGCCGCGCGCCAGAUCCGUGCCGGAGAGCUGGGUCAGAAAGGCGCGAGACUCCGGGACACUUUCCUCAGAGAGGUGAAGGAGGGGAUGAGAGACGCGUCCAGACAAAUCAAAGACAAGAAGUGACCGCUGUGGGGGAUCUCAAAACUCAGGACUGUCCGUGAGAAGUGAUUGAACACGGUGUCGGGGUUCCUAAAUUCAAUGUCCCUGUGUUGUAAAUAAUGACCAAUCUGUUCAUGUGUGUCUGAUUAGCAAUAAUUACAUAUUUAUAUCUCAACACAUCUGUCUCCUGUGGCUUGAAAUCUUCAUAAAACAUAAAAAAGAAAGAAACCAGCCCAGGAAGUUCUGUCAUGUUUCUUCUUUUCCCCUCUCAGACACACACACACACACACACUCUUGUGAUACAACAAACACUCUAUGGACAAAAGUGACCUUCACAUCUAGAUGUAGUCUCUCUUUACCUUGAUAAUAAACUCCAUUUUCCUGUUAA